CGUGCCACCGAGGACGAUUGUACGUCGCGUCAGCAACAACAAAAAAAAAUAAUAACCGCAGUACAAACCGCACCACCACCAAAACAAAUAAGCUCAGGCCGUUGAGCUUAUUGUGAAUUUGAAUAACCGGCACCAGAAUGUAAUAAACGCGCAACUACGGAAAUCAGUGCUCGAGUAGAACAAAGGGUUGAAAAGCUCAGGAGAAAUCGACCAAUGACUUGAAUCAGAGGAAUCAACUUGUUCGCGUUGAUUACGUUCUGCUGAGGAAUACCCCAAUCUACAACGUCCGAGCAACCGAGAGCAUCUGAUUCAGGAUGAUUGGGGCGAUGCCAGCAGUUGCCGUGCGCCAUGAGCGUAGAAGACAGGAAAAGCGGCUUAAACGUCCAAGCCAGCUUUACCUGGGUGGACAAUGGAUGCCACCGCCUUCAGGUUCACCCCCAACACCCAGUCCCCACGGACACAACAGCCACCUCGAUCCCCUCCCCGAGCUCUACCUCUGCGGCAAGAUAUCCGGAUUACAUGCUGUGGUGGUGUGUCUGCUCAUGGGUGCCGUGAUUCUAGUCGUUGGACUAGUCCAACUUGCUCCAGGAGCAACGACCACAGACCACAGACUUGCAUUACUUAUUGCUGGAGCAACUCUGCUGUUGUUCGGGAUAAUCCUAGCUGGAGUGAGAUGCUACGUUCUCCAUUGCAUGCCGUUACCAACGGAUUCACCAGUGGCAACUCCAUUACCUCCAUCAAAUCCACCAGAGCCACCAGCAAGAGGUACCCUAGACCUCCUGGUGGGUCAUGAAAAUCCUCCCGAAACCGAGCAAAUGAUUCAUCAUCAUCAUUACCGUCCCCACGGUAAUCACAAGAAGAAACGAAUCUCUCAGAGCUCAGACCCCGAGGAAGCCUAAUGGAACCGACGACUACUCAUGGGGAGAACCAUUUUCACGUGCGCGAUUACGGGUAAUUAAACAUUUAACAAAUAGACUUAAAGUUGAUGCAGACAUUGGGAAUAUGUUUGUGAGAUUGAUGAAUUACCGGUAAACGAAGGGACGUUCAAUGACGAUAAAACGCUUGGAGUGCGGAUCUUCGAUCUUUUACAACUUUCUAUACAUCUACUUAAAUAUUGUAUACAAAUAUACGCACGCUAUGUACUCCACAUCGAAUAGCAACAAUGUGUAUUCCAAUGAUAGUACAUGACUCUUCGUUUGAAUCAUUUUUUCAACGAAUUUUUUUGGCAAUUUUUCAGUCAUCUGAGAAUUUAUUUCUACCGCACAGAAAUUUAUGAUUAAAUUUACGGUGACGUUUAGUUAUUGCGAGGGUGGUUUGUUAUGGAGGAUUUUUUUUUAUAUUUGAUAUUUCAAGUGAAAGAAAUCACAAAUUUUGAUUGUAUGAAAUUUAUAUUCACGUUGGGACUGGGAAAUUGUAAUUUCCCGGUCGCCACGACAACGGAAAUCAUUGAAAAUAGAAAAAAUUCAGGCCAUUAUGUGAAAUUCUAAUCAAUAGGUAAUUCAAUUUUCCCAAGGAAGUUCAAAAUUCAAGUUGUCCUCGAAAUAUUAAUUGAACCGUGUCACCUCAUCCAUUUUUUUUAUUUAAUUAAAACCCAGGGAAUUUACAAUUUAUUUGCAAUCAUCUCUGGAACUAUACCAAAUGGUUAAAAAUGUUCGCUCUAUCUUUCCGGAGUGAAUCCAAAAAGUAAUAUCAUCUUGAACAUCCACUAAAAAUUCAGGAAAUUUUGGAAUUGAGAAGCCAAAUAUUCUAUUAUUUUUUGAUUGAAAUACCCUGAAAAUCAAUAAUAUAAUGAAUUUUUAAAUUGAAUUAUUAGAUAAAGUUCCACAAAAUGCCCUUAAAAAUUAUAGUUUCAACUGCAACACCAGGAUAAAAAUCCUCUCCGAGACAAUAGCUAUGGCUAACCGAUAAAUAAACGUCACCGUAAAUUCAGCAAUAAAUUUUUCUUCAUGUGACGAAGUUUGAAUUUAACGAGAGCACAGUAUUGAUACGAAGAGGAAUGACAAAGUGGAAUUGUGAUCAUGUGAUGAACAAUGCUGAAAGAGGAAUUAAGCUAUCAAUACUAUCCUCAAUACCACCAAGCAAUAAUUCUGGCUGGAACUAACAGAUAGCCUGAUGCAGCAUGACUGUGUCCGAGUAUUAAAGGAUUUCAAAAGAGCAAAAAGUAUUUUAAUGACUCUCACCAACGCAUUGUUAUGCGAAACUAUAUGUGUCUUUCGAAUUAACGUAUUCAUUUGAACGAUCUAUUUACACUGAAAUAAUAUUUUACGAUAUAAUAAUAUUAUAAAGAAUAAAAUCUUUCGAGCCAAUGUAUCGAAGAAUUAAUGAACAGUUCGUUUUUGAGGAAUAAAAAUCUCUCAUCAGUUUCUCUAAAUGGCACAUGGCAUAAAUAAAUAUAGGGAAUUGCGGGGUAAUAUGAACAGAUUUUUAUAUAGAUCGUUAUAAGCCGAUCGAAUCUAAAAUGAUACGCGCCUUGUUGAGAAUUUAUUAAAUUAUUAUCAGAUUCUAUGGCAUUUAAAUUGACUACAAAAAAGAUCGUUGAAGCACAGCUAAUGAGAUUUUUGAGUUGAUUCAAUGAUGUACUGUAUUUACAUUUUUUUACUUUUUCGAAAAUUCCACUCGACAAACUAUCGAUCGACCAAUUACUGAAAAUUGAAUACUUAAUUUGUCUCUCUAUAUUUAUUGAAACAUAAUAAACUGUUGAAAAAUACCAAUGGAAUUUGAAGUCAUGUCCAUAUUACCCCAGUGUCGGCUGCAAAAAAAUGAGAAACUGAUAACAUUCUUUGAUACAUGAGGACGCACGUUCGACUACCGUUGGGGUCCACUUAAACUUAUGAUAAAAUAUGUAACAUCUAUACAAAACCAUUGAAAUAAUUUAAUAUAAAGCGAAAUGCGCACUAAAUGAUCAAGAAACAUGCUCGAGCGUGAUCUAGACUAGUAUUUAAUUUUUUGAUCAUUUCGUGCUGUGAUAUAAUUGUAUUGAGAUAGUUAAGAUCAUUCAUGUAUCGUAUGAGGUAUUCAAUACCGAUUGAACUAGUCAUCGACUGUUUUGGCAAUUUGCGAGGAAGUGAGGAUCGAUGACUGUUUUAUUUUAUAUAGAAUACUUCAUGUACAUUAGUAUAUACACAAGUUAUUUGUAACGACGGAAAGUCCUUUGAUGUGAGCGUUAAGACGAGAGUAUUUCUCUCAUGAAACAAUUCGACUAUGCAAUACGUAAAUGACACUUGUCAUGCCAUCUGCCCAUUAUUACAUUGAUAUACAGGAUUAAGUUGGUGUGCAAAUGAUCAGAAGUAGUGGUACUCAUUCCAGAAUUCUGUGGAACUGUUUGUUAGUCAUACUGUAUUAUACGAAUCAUUAUUUCUUCCAAUAAGAGACAGCUCGUUAUGAAUUAUAGAUUAAAUCGUAUAAAUUUCAUUGUAAUUUACAACAUGUCAAGUGCACUGUCAGGAAUUUUUUUGCAAUGAAAGUUUCUCAAAUUUUCCAGUUUAAAAACAAAAUCUUCUGAGAUAGUUAAGUAUUAAUUAUAUAGAAAACUAUCCUAUUAUAUAAAUCUUAAUUUCUUCCAAGUUGAUGAUAGAUCGUUAUACAUUGAGUCUCAGAAAUUUAAUAGGAUAGAAUUAUGAAGAUUUCUUAGUUAUUCGUUAUUCUCAAAAAACACGGUACAAUAUUUCCAUUGAAUAGCGGAGGACCGUAAAAUCCCGUCAUAGUCACACCUCUCCUCAAUUUCUUAUUUCGCGUAUCUUUCGAUUUCUACACUGAACUACCUCCGGACUACAAGUUGUAAACAACCCAUUGCUUCGUCCGGCGAGGAAUUAAAUCUCGAACAAAAUAAAGUCCAAAAAUAAAUGUCUCUUGUAUUGGAAUUUGCCAUGAAAAAAUUCGGGGAGCAGAGGAAAUAUACCAGGAAAAAAUAGCCCACACAUCCAAAAGUGUUGAAAUCCAUCCAACUUAAUAGACCAUAGGAAAAUUAAAAUUGGUCUAUUUUUCCUCUGGUCGAUUUCCUCAGGGACUCCGAAAUUUCUAAUAAAAUUUCAACGGAGAUUUAGUGGAGAUUUCAGUGGAAAUAUUGGAAAAUUUCUACCAGUGUAUGCUUAUCUUGAAUUGUUAACGACGAAUAACAACUAUAUUAGAUUCCAAUUCGCCCCGUGGCAUAAGAUUAAUCUCCAAUUAAAUCAAUUUAGCUUCCCACGUAAUUGUCAUGAUCACAAGAAUAAAGAUUGACCAGUGUUUCAUCGCGACGAUUAUAAAAUACUUUACAAUCAAAAAGACUGGACUGCGCAUAAAAUGAAAUUAUACAAGUUGUAAAUGUAUUUCCUGUCAACGUACGAAAAAAUAAAAAAAAAAACACAAACUGUCUUUCAAAAGUAACUCGCUUGUUCGAAGCACCGGUAUGCCAUGAGUGCAUCCACUCUUACCGUUUUUAAAAUAAGAUAAAAAUUUUAUAAUAGUUGAAAAUGAAAUGACGCAAGCAAAGAACGACGAAGAAAUUCGAGUUAUAAAUUCUUGAACACAAAUUUCAAUCUCAGAGUUUACCUGAUCGUAUGGAAUAUUUCAUUCAUCAGCCAUUUUAUCCGCAACUGUGAAUAUGAAUACGAAAUUCACAAGUAUUAACGAUAGAUACUAAUUAAAAAAUAUUUAUAUGGUUCAACCAUGAGAUGAUAAUUAAUGUUUGACGUGUUAGUUACAAUCUUUUAGCGUCUGAAAGUCUUAUUUUUUAUAUGUACUCGAGCCACGAAACUAUUCUGCGAUGCUUGUACGUUAUAAGGAAAUGUGAAAGUUUUAACGAUUAUAUCGCCAAAAGAUGUGAAUUAUACCAUUGGAGAUCAUAGAAAAGUAAAUCAGUAACGAAGGGACAAGAUCGUUUUAAUAAAUUCCAUCCAACGGUUAAUUUCUGUGAGAUAUCUCCCGCUUUUGGAGAUAUUUUUUCAAAACUCAGCUAGGAUCUAAGUCGAGUUCAAUCAUUUAACGCGGAGAACAAUUACAUUGAAAUUUCUCCCGACAUUCGCGUAAAAAUGACAAUAUUUUUGGUAAAUUUCCACCAAAAACAUUGUAAUUUUUUAAUUAUUCUCCGUGCACCCCUUCGUCACUGACUAUAAGUAAAUGUAUUAAAACUGCGUUGAUCAUUCGAGGGUUUUUAAUUUUUUACACCUCUAACAACCAUCGGGGCUGAUAAAAAAAUAAUAAUUCAUAAAAAUCGAGAUCAUG